AAACAGCAACGCCAAGCUUGGACUGGCCACAGGGAAUACAGGCUUUAGGGAAAUCAUGGAGGACCAAGAGUCAUUUCAGUACGGUGCAACCAGUGGUGCUGCGGAUAAAAGAGAACCUAAGAUCCUUGUUUCUGAAGAAGCAGAAGAGGAAACUGCUUCAAUCCUACAACUUGAAGCUGAAGACAGCCUAUUUGGAGAUGAGUAUGACGACCACAAGGCCCAAUCUCUCCACGUUCAGAGAUUUGACUGGCACAAGAGUCUCAUGGCAGCAUUAAGUAGUGAGAAGUUUGACAGCCUCCUGAAGAUGUUUCCUGAUUUCUAUGACUGCAAGAGCCACAUGGCAGCUUUUGUCUUGUUGAGAGAACUGCUGGAUACAGCAGCUGUUCCAUACCAGCAUUACAAGGUGGUGGCUCUGGGAACGGGCCGUUCAUGCUGCAGUGAGGGGCUUCGCUACAAUGGAACCAUAGUCCAUGACUGCCAUGCAAUCGUCAUCGCCAGACGGGCUCUCAAAAGGUUUCUGUACAAACAGCUUCUGCUGUUCUUUGAUGCGGAUCCAAAGGCCAAGAAGAACAGUGUUUUUGAGAGAAGUGCAGACGGCCCCCAGCUUCAGCUCAAACCCAAGACCAGUCUGCAUCUCUACACCAAUCAGUGUCCUGAAGGAGCGGCUAACAGCUUCUACUUUAAGGACCGUGUGAAUACUUGGACGACUGUAAAGCUGCAGUAUCACUCCGAGGGCGUGCUGGUCCCAGUGCCCAACCUUGACCAGAGUGUGUGGGGGGCCAAAGUCUGCUGCAUGUCUGGUAGUGACAAACUGUGCCGCUGGACUGUCACCGGGUUGCAGGGUGCACUGCUGAGCCACUUCAUCCAGCCCCUCUACAUCAGCAGCAUGGUGCUAGCCCGUGAGAAGCUUUUAAAUGAGGAAGUGUCAGAACACACCAACAGGCGACUAGGGGAUGGAUGGGAAGAAAUUCUGCCGCCAUCCUACGAAAAACACAACGUCUUCUGUCUCUAUGGCGACUACGUGGGGCCCAGCAGCAGCACCUCAAAGCAGCAUGAGAACCUCAGCAUCAACUGGUGCCUCGGAGACAAGGACGUUGAAGUUCUGGACAGCGGCAAAGGCUUCGUCAUCGCCGGCUCUCCAUGUGUAAGCGGGCCCGGCUUCUCCAGCAGACUUUGCAAGAGAGCCCUCUACAGUUAUUUCUGCCGUGUUGCAGAGCUGAGUGAGCAGAGCUAUCUGCUGGAUCUCCCCACCUACCGCAGUGUCAAGGUGGAAGCCGUCGUGUACCAGAAAGUCAAAGAUCUGGUCAAGCAACGGUUUCUGAGCAACCAUGCAGGUUCUUGGAUUUCUAAAGAGCUGGUGGACGUCUUUAGCUCUUGAAUCUGCCCUCGGUAACGUCACAAGACGUUUUAGUUCCUCUGGAGGUUUUGUUUACUGCUGUUUGCUCCAUACUUCAUUUAGUUUUCUGUAUAAUGUUGCUCUUUUCAGUUUGUGUAAGUGAUUGAGAAAAAUAAAACUAGUCUGUUGUU